ACCUAGUCCAACUCGCCUCUUUGAGAUGACUGCCCCCUUGGGAGAUGGUUAAAAACCGGCCCAUCCAUUGAAAGGGUAGGAUCUGUAGGAGGUGGCUUGGCGGCACAUUUCGCUCUGGCUGGAGUUCCUACUUCUAGAAAUAACACAUGUUCACUAGCCGAGGCGCAAAAUGAGGCGAUUGGUUUUACUCUUUAUUUUCCUUACUUGGGAUUAUCAGAUAGUUUUUAGUGUUGGUUUGCAGGACGCACCGACUCUUGGAUCUAAAAACAACCCCAGACUUCUCAGCAAAGAUACAGUCAGUGGUGCAUUCGAAUACCAGGUCUACCAGAACCACAGCGUCUUCUUCUACCACGAGGACUCUGGGGAGAUGUAUGUGGGGGGGAAUGAUUUCGUCUUAAAACUUGACAUGGAUGACUAUGGCAUCGCAGAGAAAUUUAUCCUGAAUACAACAGGGCAACAGCAGUGCCAAGAGGGCCCCUGUGAAAAUGUUAUCACUGUCAUUGAGAGGUUUCAGGACAGCCUGUUUGUCUGUGGAACAAAUGGACAUAGACCACAGUGCUGGAAACUUUUUUCAUCCACGAACAAUCAGUCCCAUGAAAUAGUGGAGAGUUAUGAGGGAACAGGCAUCUCUCCGUUCGUGUACACCCAGAACGCCCUAUCGCUCACAGUAGAGGGGGACCUAUAUGCAGCAGCGUCUUUGGAUACUGAGAGAAAUUCAUUACAAUUCAGAAGGAAGGCCGGCAGCAGAAGUAAUGUCUGGAUGUAUGACAGCUGGGUCACAGAGCCCACGUUCAUCUCUGCGUCCUUGGUGAAGCAAACAGAAGACCCCGACAAUGAGAAAAUUUACAUCUUUUUCCGUGAAAAGAACUCAGACCACAGCCCAGAAGCUGAUCCCUGGAUAUCUAGGGUUUCCCGAGUUUGUAAGGUAGAUGAAGGCGGAUCAAAAAGAUUCUUCCAGAACAUGUGGACAUCGUUUCUGAAGGCCCGUCUUGUCUGUGGGUUUCCAGAGGAGUCUCUGUAUUUCAACCGUCUUCUAGACGUUUAUAUGAUGCAAGCCGAGGACUGGCAGGACACCAGAGUCUAUGCCCUUUUCACAAGCAGCUGGAACUCUACAGCAGUUUGCAUCUAUUCUGUAGGAAUGAUUGAAGAUAUAUUCGAGAACUCAACUUUCAAAGGCUACGACAAAGACAUUCCCAGACCAAGGCCAGGAGCGUGUGUAAAAAACAGCAGGAGCCUGCCACGGGCCACGGUCAAUAUGGUGAAGGACUACCCAGAAAUGGCUGACUGGGUUCACUCCGUGCACUACACAGCUCCAUUUUAUAUAAGCAGCAACAACUACACCAAGAUAGUGGUGGACCAAGUUCGGGGAGUGGACCACCACAUGUAUAACAUCCUGCUUCUAGCCACGGAUUGUGGGAAGAUCCAUAAAGUGUUAGCGGCCGGAUCUGAACCUUUCAUCAUCUCUGAAACACGACUCUCCAACAAUUCAUCCAUACAAUCAAUGAAACUUGACUCCAAAAAGAAAAAGUUAGUCGUGGGUUUUUCAGAGAAAAUCUCCACCGUGGACCUCCAGAGCUGUCAGGAGUACAACAACUCCUGCGCAGAUUGUGUCCUGGCCCGGGACCCAUACUGUGCCUGGACUAAGUUUGGUUGCGCCCCGACAGUCCCUGGGGGCAUUCAGAAUGUCAGAGAUGGGCAAAUAAAUGUCUGCUCUACAUCAGUAGAAGAACAAAAGCAAGUAAACCGGGCCAAACGGGAGACAGUUUCAUCAUCACCAGUGAAUUUGAGGACAGUUCAUUCAGUCCCCCUGGGUGUCCCUUUCUACCUGUCAUGUCCCAUAGACUCUUACCACGCUGUCUACACCUGGGAACACAGGGGCCAGAGCAGCCCUUGUCUGCAGAUGCAGUCUAACUGCCUGCACCUCAUCCCUGCCAUGGCACAAGAGAACUAUGGCGUCUACGAGUGUGUUUCCAAAGAGAAAGACUACAUUAAAGUGGUGAAAAAAUAUCAACUUACAGAGCAAAUAAUCCCAGACACAAAUACGAGAAUCAUUAAUCCUAAUGAAAUAAAUGGUGCAUCAGCUGUAGUGUUGCACACAGUAUCGAUUAUACUUGGACUGGCUGCAGCAAUGUUGCACUAAUAAGAGAGGAGACACACCACUUAAAGCAUUCUGAAUCUAAAAGUCUGUAACACCAAAGAUGGCAGUUGUAUGACACAUAUCCCACCCCUUCCCCCCAAAAGCCAAUCGUCUGCUUUAUAACAGCCGAAAAGGAAACAUAUCAGGCCUAUCUUGUUGUUGCAUUGAUGCAAGUGAAACCUUGUGUAUGCGUAGUAGAAGUAAAACCUGUGGGGGGAAAAAAGCAUUUUAAACCUUAUUUUGGGGCACAGUCACCAAACUUUUUAAGGAGUUUUAAUCUGAUUUGACUGGUGAUUCUAUAAUUGCAGCUUUUAAGUCCCAGUGACCAUUGAAAGUGCAAUUAUGGCUCUCUCCGAUUUCAUUUAGAUAGGGGCCUUUUCUUGUUAGAUCUUAGACUUGCCUAGGACCUUAUUUAAACUUUACUCUACUUUCUCUGUUUGAAAAUAUAGCAGCAAUAUUCUUGGGGCCUUUGUGUCUGCCACUGUUAAUCAGGCCAGGAUGUAGAUAGCACUGAAAGAAAUUUACUAUAACACUAAUACAGCUCAACAGUUCAAACCGGAACACUCCCACCGUGAAAACCAGAACAGUUAGGUUACGAGUUUAAAGGGAACGUGCUGUAGCCAAGGUUGCAGCAUUUUUCAAAGAGACGUCAGCACAGGAAGAGGUUGAUGUGAUGGAGGGAGAAAGCAGCACAACUGGUCAGCAGCAGGAUGUAUUUUAAAUGAUCCGAGGGGCCCUAAUGUUGCCUAAUGGGGUUUUGUUUAAAUCUGGACUCGAGCAUCCUGCAUGAAGCACUACAGUGAUUCAUUAGGUGAGUACUUGUCUUUCUUUUCAGACAAGGAAAAAAGGGAAGGUGUAAGAAGUAAUCGGAAUGAUUACCUUUUAACAGGGUUCAGUCUGUAUUACCAAAUUACCAAAACACCAUUAAAAUGUUGUGAUCAUAAGUGAAAAAGCUUCUAGUCAGACAGCCACAGACAUAAUAUAUAGUAAGCAGCUGUAGUGUAGUUCAAAGUCCUGCACAUGUAGAGGCCAGCUAGCAGCUCUUUGGUUCAUUAGGUCUCAGGAAAUUGUUAUGUUCCCCUUGUGAAUUUCCUCUGUGUUGAAUGUUUUUUUCUCUGAAAUCUGGUGUAUGUUGUUUGACCCUGGCCAUGGCGGAGGUCUCCGCUCUCUGAGUGCUCUUCUAGUUUUGACUCUAUCUACACAAUGUGCACACUGAUGUUUUGAAUGAGCUACUUUUCUAGAUAGUUAUUUAUAUGAAAACGAGACCAUGUAACUUUAGUUGAAGGGUAGCAACUGUUGCCACAACCGACAAUUGUGAGGUAAUGGUAAAUGUUAAGCAAUAGUGCACCAGUGGCAAAAAUAGAGACAAGUCAGAGAACCGGCUUUGUAAUGAACAUUACAGAGCAACAUCUGGCUAAAGUUUGCUGAUAUUAGCUUACAUUUAGUAACUGCUACAGGCAUUUUCGCAAGCCUGUAGCAGCAAACACCUGAUUGUAAUGAAGUGAGCAGUGGUGCAUUUUAUCGCAUAUGAAUUCAACUUUUCCCUUGUAAGAAAAUUCAUGUGAUUUCUUCUUCCAAAAGGUAUAUAGUCUCACCUACUAAGCUAAAUAUAUUUAUCAUGUAAAUAUUAUUUUGGUACGAUAUCAAAUUUUAUUUUAUUACUAAAUAUUGUUUCAUAUUCUAGAUUUUUAUAUGUGCGUAAUCAUUGCUUUCAAAAUGUACAUGACUAUUACUGAUGUCCUAACUGUUAAAAUAAAAAAUGACAGAAUGGA